GGAGUUGGCAGUUGCGUGAGAAGUGAGCUGCAGUUUAGAUCAACCAGGGGCCAUUGUGCGAUCCCGCUCGUCGCUCACCUCCAGGAUUUUUCAAGAUGAUGCCGUACAUUGGAUCCGAAAUUAGCUUGAUAUCCAAGUCAGAUAUCCGCUAUGUGGGCAUCUUGACUGAAAUCAACCAGCAGGAGUCGACUGUGGCACUUGAAAAUGUACGUUCCUUCGGAACAGAAGGCAGGAAGGGCAACCCAGCCGAGGAACUGCCUCCUAGCGACGAAAUCUAUCCAUUUGUCGUGUUUAGAGGGUCAGAUGUCAAGGACCUUCAUGUGAUGAAUGCCCCAGCGAAGGCACCUGCGCCGUCGAGGGUUCCGAAUGAUCCGGCUAUCGUGAGGCAACACCCGCGAAGCCAGAUUCCACCCCCAAGUCAUAUGCCUCCGCAGCCAGGGCCUCCUGGACCAGGCGGUCCUCCCGGAUUUUCUGGAUACGGUCCACCUGCUGGGAUGGUAGGCCAAACAUCUCAACCUGGCUUUCCUAUGAUGCCGCAAGGAAUGGGCCCGUACGGCGGACCACCAAGUGUGAACUAUCCGUACCCACAUUCUCAGCAGAAGCAAGAACCUCCUCAAUACUAUUGGGACAGACGACCCGAGCAAAUUGGUGCGCCGGUAUUUCCUGGAGCGGUGGGCGGAUUUUCGGCGCCGCAGCAACCGCGAGGACUCAACGCACUGCCAUCGAAUAGCCAGCAGCCAGGUUCCCAAAGUGAGGCCAAUCAAGAUGUAGCCGGUCUCGUUCCUACUCUGGACAAGUUGGAUCUUAAUGAAUCUACAAUGUCCCAUACUGCACCUGAAUCAAAGGAAAAGAAGGUUGCGCAGGACGCAAGACCGGAAAGAUCUACACAGAGGGACGUCAAGGCAACACAGCAAAGCAAUGAGGAGAAGAGAGGUACACCCAGCAAUAUCCAUAAAGCGCCGGACGCUGCGGAAGCACCCGUCGGCGCCGGUGUAGUUGCUGUUGCUGGAAAGAAUGAGCAUGAUGCCAAACAGUCGCAGCAAAAUGCAUCGGGAGCAUCAGAGGGAGAGAUUCGUCGCUCCCAAGGCGCUAAUGGAACAGAUGUUCGUUCUGAGGGGCAACGUUUACCCGGUACUGGUGCUCAUCUCUUGCAAGGCGGCCAUCGCCGGGGAGGUGGCCGGGGCAAUAAUCGACGCGGAUAUCCUGCGAAUCCUCGUAACGUUCGAAUUCCUGUUCCUGAUUCGGAUUUUGAUUUUGAAUCCGCAAAUGCAAAGUUUAACAAGACAGAGCUCGCUCAGGAGGCAGCUACGAAAACCGGGGGUGACGCAUCGCCUAUCGAGGCGAUCCCUCCUCCAGAGCCAAGUGUGAGUCAUGCCGAGGAAGAGGAUGAAGAAGGUGCGGGCUUUUACCAAAAGUCAUCCUUUUUUGAUAACAUCUCUUGCGAGAGCAAAGAUCGGGCAGAAGGUGACGGCCGUGGCAACCGCCGGGCUCGGCAAUAUGAAGAACGGCGACUUAACAUGGAGACGUUUGGGCAGACUGGGGUUGACAGCGGACGGAAUUAUCGCCGGGGCGGUUACGGUGGAUACCGUCGCGGAGGUCGUGGACGUGGAAAUUAUGGCGGCUACAGUGGCAACUACAACGGUGGGCAAAGAGGUGGCUAUAGGUCGAAUUACAAUCGUGGAGGAUAUGGAAAUCGCGAAGAAGGGCAUGGUGGACAUGUCGGGAAUGGACGUGUCCAAUAGAAUAUGAGUAUGUGUCUGUCGCUGCGAAUAGGCAGGGAUUGUGGGCUGCGACAUUCCCGAAAUCGACUGUUACGAAAGCUUGAAAUUGGCCGGAUGGGGACGCAGGGAAGGCAUGUUAAAGUAAAGGUGGAAAUUAUGACGUUGAGCAGGAUUGUUGGUAGCAACCUGGUGAUAAAUCUUCCUGUAAACAUUAUCGCUACAAUUUUUCUUUUUGUACUUGUUGCAUGACACCCUAUGAUGCUGAAAGAACAUCAAGCGACUUUGGGCACCCC